GAUCGAUCGAUCGAUCUGGUGAUUCAAGAAAGAAAGAAAGAAAGAAUGACUUUGGCAGCCGGGAUCGGGUAUGCCUUGGUAGCCCUAGGUCCCUCUCUCUCCCUCUUCAUUGCAGUUAUCUCCAAGAAACCCUUUCUCAUCCUUACCGUCCUAUCAAGUACACUCGUCUGGCUUAUAAGUCUGAUCGUGCUAUCUGGAGCUUGGAGAGCUUUUCUCCCCUUGAACACUGCGUCUUGGUGGCCUUAUGCCAUUCUUAUCAUCACUUCUGUUGGUUUUCAAGAACUAGUUCGCAUUUUCUUCUGGAAGGCUUACAAGAAGUUGGAGGAUGUAUUGGAUGCUUUUGCAGACAGAGUCUCAAAACCGCGUCUGUUUUGGACGGACAAGAUGCAAAUCGCCCUUGCUGGUGGGUUAGGUCAUGGUGUAGCCCAUGCUGUCUUCUUUUGCCUUGGUCUCUUAACCCCUGCAUUUGGUCCUGCAACAUUUUAUGUGGAGAAAUGCCCACAAAUACCAUUCUUUCUUGUUUCUUCCAUUGUUGCACUGGCUUUUGUGACAAUACACACAUUCUCAAUGGUGAUCGCAUUUAGUGGUUAUGCUGAAGGAAGUAGAUUGGGGCAAGUGUUUGUCCCAAUAGUUCACCUGAUUGCCGGAAUGCUGACACUGUCAAAUCUUGCAUCUGGAGGAUGCAUUGUCGGCGUUCCUCUCCUUUAUUUAAUGGCAGUAGUGACGUUGGCUUAUUGUGGAAAGAUGGUACAUCAGAAAUUGAUUGAAGAAAAUCGAGGCAGGCAAUGAAAUGUAAUAAUCCCAACUUCUCUCAAUGGUUACUUGUGGAUAAAAUUCUAUUUCAAACUCAAAGCCUUCUUUGCUUGCUGCUCUGCACACACGUUUUGAUGGCGCAUUUGAAUUUUAUUUUUAUUUUCCUUUUGUUUAAAAGAAGAAGAAAGGGUAUCAACUAUAUCAAGUCACUAUGGACAAGAAUCCUAUUUGGAAAACUAUUCAAUCCUAAAAGACACCGACUGUGAAAGGCUAUAAAAAGAUUGUAUUGUCAGUAGUGGAUUAAUUUUUUUUACAAUUCAGA